AUGUCCCCAGAAUAUGAAUCAGUCUCUUCCCUUCUCCUUCCCUUCUGCAAUGGGAAUGAAUUUUCCAUAAAAGGAGACAAAGUAAUUCUUGGAAUCUUUUUGGCCCUGGCCUCUAUGACAGAAGUAAGUCAUGUUCCACCCAGGAAUAUAGAGUCUAGGAUCUUUCAAAUUAGUGAACUUCUGAAGAUUAGUACCCACAACCAAUCAAGAAAAUGGCACAAGACACCUAGGUCACAGAAAUACGAGUCUCUGAAAGCAGUUGACCCCAAGUUUCUGAGAAACAUGCGCUUUGCUAAGAAGCAUAAGAAGGGACUGAAGAAGAUGCAGGCCAACAAUGCCAAAGCCAUGAAGGCCCAAGCAGAGCUCAUCAGGGUGCCAAGCACCAAGGCCUCCAAGGUCAAGCUCCUCAGGCCCAGGAUGCCCCAAAUCCCCAAGGCCAGUGCCCAUCAUGCUGGCCUCAAGAUGGCCACCAAGCAUCCAGGCCCUAGGGUCGGCAUCAAAUGCCCAAGCCUCAGGAUCACAAAGCGUGACUCUAAGGUUGACAGAACCACUGACCCCAAGGCCACCAAGUCUACUCACCCCACGGUUUACAAGUCUGAUACCAAGGUCAGUAAGUUUGAUGCCAAGGCUACCAAAUAUGGCCCCAAGGCUGCCAAGUCUGAUCCCAAGGCUGCCAAGGCCAUCAAGUCAGAUGCCAAGGUCACCAAGACAGAUCCCAAGGCAACCAAGUCUGAUCCCAAGGCAGCCAAAUCCAGUGAUUCCAAGGCUGCUAAGCUUUCUGAGUCCAAACCCAAAAAUGCUGGGGCUAAAGCCGCAAGUCCCAGAUCUUCAAAACAGAUGCUUCAUUCAGGACAGAAGGACUUGUUUAAACCCUAA